AUGGCUCCUAAGAUCAGCGCCCUCGGGAUCGUGGCUUUGCUGUCGCUCAGGGUUCAAGCACAGUGUUCAUCCGGCAGCGAUAGCAGGGUCGUGGACCUCAGUUGGCAUGCUCCGAACAAGACCAACAUCAACGACUUGAGCCAGGUUGUCAACGGGACUGGUAUCUAUGGAUUCAUUUUCAACACGUCCAUCACGCCAGCCACAUCCGGAUACCGCACGUACAACUGGUGCAACAUGCCACAUGUGCGGAGGCAGGAAUAUGUCGUUCCUCCCAAGGAAUACAAGCUCGAAUACGUCGAAUUGAUCCACCGGCACCACAAACGCACACCUUACGCAUCCAACACGUUUCCUCACGAGACGUAUGCCUGGUACUGCGACGACGAGGCACUUUUCUACUACGGCACGCCUAACCCGGACGGACAUGCUGCCCAGGUCAACUGGCAAGUCUACACAUCGGACUCUAACCCGUUGGCACCCGAGGGAUUCAACGGGACAUGUCAAUUUCCCCAAAUCACCGCCGGCGGCCUGAACGACUCGCGCCAGCACGGCAAGGAUCUAUUCGGCGUGUACCACGACCUUCUGGGAUUCUUGCCAGCCAAGUACGACGCCGACAAGAUCCGCUACCGAGUGACCAACAACGUCAUCACGUCCCAAGUCGCGGGCCAGAUCGUGCUGGGCCAGUACGCCGACCAGUUCACCGACAAGCCAGUCAGCGUGGCCAUCCAGCCUGACUCGGUCGACUCCCUGGAACCCGGGUACACAUGCACCAACGCCAGCAAAACGUUCUCCAGCUACGGCGUGGGCAGCAAGGCGGCCAAUUGGACACUGCACCUGAACGAGUCAACGGCUUUGUUUUCGAAACUCGACUCUGUCUCCGGGGUUAACACGUCCGACCCAGACUGGCACAAUUGGUUCGACCACUAUUUCGACAGUCUAAGUGCGCGUCUGUGCCAUGACAAACCGCUGCCUUGCCAGGCAGACAACUCGAGCAACUGUGUCACUCAAACGGAUGCCGAUGCCGUCUUCCGUCGCGGUCAAUACGAGUACAGCUUCAUCUACCGCGACUCGCCGCAGUCGUUGGCGGCGAGCACCGCCUCGUACGGCAUCUGGAUGGCCGAACUCGCGAGCAACCUGCGUGCCGCCACGAACGCAACCAACAAAAGCCCUGUGCGUUAUCGCCACAACGUCGCCCAUGACGGCAGCAUGUCCCGUUUGCUCAGUAUCCUCCAGGUCGACGUCAUGGUCUGGCCCGGCAUGGGUUCCGAGGUCGUCUUUGAGCUUUACUCCCGCGACGGAUGUUAUUUUUUGCGUGUCCUGUGGGGCGGCCAGGUCCUUCGUAGCUCCAACCCGAGCCUUGGGCUCAUGGACUUGAUCCCCGUCCAGACCUUUCUGGACUAUGUCGAUGGCCUGGUCGGGGUCAAGGCGGCAAAGGUGCCAGGGUUGUGUAAGGGGGAAUAA